ACAACGUGGGAGUGAGCUUUUUGUGAGAAAAGAAAGAGAGGAAGAAUGGGAAGGAGCCCUUGUUGCUCAAAAGUUGGGCUGAACAAAGGAGCCUGGACCACUGCUGAGGACAAAAUUCUCACUGAUUUCAUUCAUCUUCAUGGUGAAGGUGGAUGGAGAAACCUUCCCAAAAGAGCAGGUUUGAAGAGAUGUGGAAAGAGUUGCAGGCUGAGAUGGUUGAAUUAUUUGAGACCGGAUAUCAAGAGAGGCAACAUUUCUGAUGAUGAAGAAGACCUCAUCAUUCGCCUUCAUAAGCUUCUCGGUAAUAGGUGGUCUUUAAUAGCUGGAAGGCUCCCUGGCCGAACAGACAAUGAAAUCAAGAACUACUGGAACACGACAUUGAGGAAAAAGGCUCAUGAUAACCACACUACAUCUGCAGCUGCUUCUCCAAAGACCCCGACUAAACAAUGCAACAACAAGAAGACGAAGAAACACAAGAAGAAGCGCGAGAAAUCUGAGCCAAUUAAACCGGAAAUCAAGGCCAAUGCAUCCGAUGUUAGGGCCAAGGCCGCUCUGGACGAGGCUGAUCAUCAACUCAUAACUAGUACUAGUACCAUGGAGCCAUUGGUUCAACCAGCAUUACAAAAUAAGACUACUGAUCAAUCUUCGGAUCUGGUCCCUGGCGUUGACUCCAGCGACAUGUGCUUAACGGAUUUUCUUAAUUAUGAUUUCUCAGGUUUGUUAAACACUGAUAUUAAUCACCAGGAUUACGACAUGGAGAGCGCGUCGCCUUGUUCGUCGUCGGAGAAGCCUAUAAUGCAGAUACUGGAGGAGUUUUGGAAUGCAGAGGAACCAUGUCUGGUUUCUAACUCUAAUCUUUAUUUUACCUCAUUAUCAGAGUGUUUAGUGGGUGAUUGGUUGGCCUAAUAUGUGAAAACUGGGAAGUGUACAUUUUACUGUUGUUCAUUUUACUUAACUUCCCUGAAAUAAAGAUGCAUGUAUCAUAGUUCAAAUAAUGACUACUUCUGAUGUGUUGAAUUGUUGUA